ACUUUUCUGAGGAACUCAGAGACUGCCUCAUUUGAAUACCCCAUUCCCACUUCUAGAAACUUCUGUCACAGGGUAUAUAGAGCUUUGGAGAACCUUCGACUCACACCACUCACAGAACACGACUGAGACGACAGACACCCCGAGAAUCUGUGUCAGGCUGCUGCAGCUGUUUUUGGAGACAGACAGGAUGUGGCUGAGGAACGUCGUAGCUCUUUGUCUGCUGGCCCUCGCGGCCUCCGCAGAGGACAAGAAACUCAGCAGCCAUGCGACCACACUGGCUGACAACAGUGCCAACCUGGCAUUCAGCCUUUACCACAAUAUGGCUAAAGAUAAAGGCACUGAGAAUAUCCUCAUCUCCCCGGUCGUGGUUGCCUCCUCCCUGGGGUUGGUGGCUCUCGGUGGAAAGGCCUCAACCGCGUCCCAGGUCAAAACCGUCCUGAGUGCCGACAAACUGAAGGACGAGCAUCUCCACGCCGGACUGUCUGAGCUCCUCACUGAGGUGAGCAAUGCCAAGACCCGCAACACAACCUGGAAAAUCAACAACCGCCUCUACGGCCCCAGCUCCGUCAACUUUGUCGAUGAGUUUGUGAAGAACAGCAAGAAGCACUACAACUACGACCAUUCAAAGAUCAACCUGAAAGACAAGAGGAGCGCCGUGAACUCCAUCAACGAAUGGGCAGCAAAGUCCACCGACGGCAAACUUCCUGAAAUCACCAAGGACGUGCAGAACCCCGACGGAGCCACUAUUGUCAACGCCAUGUUCUUUAAACCUCACUGGGAAGAGAAGUUCCAUGACAAAAUGGUGGACAACCGUGGUUUCCUGGUGACUCGGUCAUUCACCGUCGGAAUUCCCAUGAUGCAUCGUACCGGUUUGUACGACUUCCACGAUGACGUAGAGAACAAGCUCUUCCUGCUCAACAUGCCCCUGGGGCAGAAACAGACCUCCAUGAUCUUCAUCAUGCCCUACCACCUGGAGCCCCUGGAUCGCCUGGAGAAACUCCUGACCAGGAAACAGGUUGACACGUGGAUCAGCAAGAUGGAGAACAGAGCUGUGGCCAUUUCUCUCCCCAAGAUCUCUGUUGAAGUCAGCCACAAUCUGCAGAAACACCUGGCUGAGCUGGGCUUGACCGAGGCUGUGGACAAAGCUAAGGCUGACCUGUCCAACAUCUCUGGGAAGAAGGAGCUUUAUCUCUCCAAUGUCUUCCACGCAUCCGCCCUGGAGCUGGACGUCGCAGGGAAUCCAACCGACACCUCCAUCUACGGCACCGAGAAGCUGAGGAACCCUAAACUGUUCUACGUCGACCAUCCCUUCAUCUUCCUGGUGAAGGACAACAAGACCAACUCCGUCCUCUACAUCGGCAGAGUGGUGCGACCCAAAGGAGAUAAGAUGCGUGAUGAGCUUUAAUGUUAACUUUGAUGAAUCAGAUCAGGUAGCUUUGUGAAACUAAGUCAGGAUCCUGUGAGUGUGUCAAAGUGUGUGUUUGUUUGUUUUUUUGUUUGUUUGUUUUUUAAAAACAUUUUCCAGCGUGACUGAUACCUCAUGAACACGUUCCACUCAACAAUCAAUACCUGAGAUCACAGUUUUUAGCCACAUCCAAAUUUCCCCGGGAAACAGCUGG